UUAAAAUUUUAUUAAAACUUGAUUUGUUUGUUUUCUGUUUGUCGAUGUUAAGAAAGUGUUUGGUUGCAAAUAAUUGGUUUCUGUUCUGAAUCACGCAGAGUUGAAAUUCCACUACGUCUGUUGUGGGAAUUUUUCUAUGAAUCUAGGGGUUAUGAAAUUUUGUUUCAAUUUAAGUUCCAAAUCUACUGAUAUAUGAAGCAAGCAAGCGAGUAGAUUUGGAAUUAGGGCCACCAGUUCCGUGUAGCCCAAAGUGGUUUCUUCAAUUUGUACCAACUAUUAUUGCCUAGUAACUAAUGCAGGAUUCUUUAUCAAUCAGAGCCUAUGGGUAGUUUUGUUUGAGCUGAUUUUCAUCUUUUCUUUAGGUGGGGACGGGUUAAUUUGAAAUUUUGAGUGGCUAAAAGAGUGGCACCGUUGAAAUUAGGAUCUUUGAAUUUUAGAUGCAUAGGAUUUAGAUCCAAGGUGGUUGUGCUUCAUUUGAAAUGCUUUAACAUUUUUUGGUUAGUUGAUGGUGUAGUGACUCGGCCGACAAGCCUAAUAUUCCUUGUGUAUUAUUGGAAGUGAAUGCUUGAAGGUACUUGUUAUAGAUGACAAUAAAAGGUGAAACGUAUUGGAUCAAUCAGAUGAGUACUUCCUAGAAAUAAUUGGAGAGAGAUGAGUGGAUGCUGUUGUUUUGACAGGUUUGGAAGAAUCUGGGGUAAGAGUAAGGGUGGUUAAUUUUAUACAGGGCGGGCGAGAAAUGGUAUUUUUGUUGGAAUCUGUGCAGGAAGAGGACUUGGGUAGAAAGUGCGAUUUACCUCAAGUGUGGCAUUGAUUUGAGGAACAGUUACAUCAUUUAUUGGAAAAGCGUAAAUUAUGGAUAUGCCUGUGCAUUGAAUUGCUUUUACCAGAGUCAUAUUAGAUUUUUCUAAAUUGUGGGAACUCACAGUUGGAAGGUACUUGACUAACAAAGUCGUGGCUGGGAGGGUAGCAGAGUGAUUAGCUUCUCUGUGUUGUGCGAAAUGCAGGAUGGAGGAAUCCAAGUAUUAGUGGUAUAGGCUUUUUGACUUUGCAUCUAUUUUGGCUUCAAAUCUUGACUUAGACACAGAGGAAUUAGAUUGUUACUGUGGAGUUGGGUGGAUUUGAGCAGCAUCAUCGGUUCUACUUGGUCGACUUGGGGAAGAAAGGACAAUCGAUAUCCUUCUCUAAAAGGGGAUAAGGAAUUUCCUUUCUGUGGCAUGGUAAUCCUUUGAAAAAGACAAGCAUGACCAUUCUGUGAUGUGAAUUUAGAAGCUAAGUCAUGUUCUUGAUAAUAUCAAGCUUAAAUUGUUAAUCCAGCAGGAUCUGCAACUGAAGUCUAUGGAGAAGAGGAGUGUGUGAGAUUUAUGAUUUCUUUCUCAAUGAUGGAGUGGAAUGCAAAAGCUCCCGUACAGUGGGACUGGGAGAACCUUGACAUUUUCAAUGCAAAAUCAACUGAAAUUCCAAAAAAGUUACAAUCAGACUGGGAAAUUGAAGGAGAAGGAGGAAUUGACACUGGUUCUUUCUAUUCAUCUGGAUGUGGUGCUGGUAGUGGUGGUUCUGGCUCUGAUUUGGGACAUGCAUAUUCAUCAAAGAGCUCAAAAUCAGCUUCAAUUGAUUCUUCAUCAAAGGUGGGAAUAAAGACAUCCAACUUCACUUUUGAGGCUUUCCAAGAUUUUUCUCAAGAUUUUAACAAGAAGAGAGAUUUGGAGAGGGCUGAGCCAACUGGAAGUUCUCCAAACCUUGAAGCCUCGAUUGGCUCUGGUGAACCUUUAAUUGGUCUAAAGCUUGGUAAAAGGACAUACUUCGAGGAUGUUUCUGCAGGGGCCAAUGCUAAGGGCUCAGUGUUUUCUGUGAUUCCCAUAUCAUCUGAUACCACAGCAAAGAGAUCCAGGUUAUCUUGUCAGAAUGCACAUGUCUCGCGCUGUCAAGUUGAAGGAUGCAACCUUGACCUUUCAACAGCCAAAGAUUACCAUCGCAAACAUAGAGUUUGUGAAAGUCAUACCAAAUGCCCAAAGGUCAUUGUAGGUGGUCUGGAGCGCCGUUUUUGCCAACAGUGUAGCAGGUUCCAUAGUUUGUCAGAGUUUGAUGAAAAAAAGAGAAGCUGUCGCAGGCGUCUUUCUGAUCACAAUGCACGCCGGCGCAAACCACAACCAGAAGGGAUCCAGUCAAAUUCGGCAAGGCUUUCAUCAUUCUAUGGUGGGAAGCAGCAAAUGAGUCUUGUGUUGAGCUCGGUCCCCAUUGUUCAUACAAGGCCUGCUGUAAAUCCUUCAUGGGAAGGCACAUGCAGCAAGUUCACACAAACAAAAGGGUUAGUAAGGCCUGGUAACACAGGAGGUAUCGACCGGCAGCUGCAUUUGCCUGGCAGUGAACUGCAGAAUGGCAUUAGUACGCUUUGUCAUGAUUCCAGUAGGCUUUUGCACUCUAAGGGUGCAAUAGCUGAGGUUCUCAAUCAAGGUCUAGGGGAUUCUAUGAUCUCUUCCAACUUGGACACAUCACAGGAUCUUCGUCGUGCUCUCUCUCUUCUGUCAACGAAUUCUUGGGGCUCAUGUGAAACACAACCAAUUCCAUCUGACCACCCUAUGCAUGUAAACCAAACCAGCAUGCCUCAAUCUAUUAUGCAUGCAGUGUCCCAAGGUAUGUUACAUUCAACCUCAGAACACUGGAGGACCGAGCUUCCCUCAACUGAUUCCCGGGUGCAUAUCUUGCCUUCACAAGGUGAUGGUAACACCCACUUUCAAGAGUUCAAGCUGUUCAAAGCGCCAUACGAGUCUGGCUUUUCUUCUGGUCAGUUGAACUGACUCCUUGAUUCCAAUCCCAGUGUAGGUCAUACGUUAUGAAAGGUCAGUAGGCUCUUGGAUUCACUUUCUAACAUCUUCAAAUAGUGGAGGGAACCAGGCAAUCCAAUGGUGAGAACCAUUAUGUGGUGGGAUCACCUGGUUCAAAUUGAUGCCAAAUUAAAUUGUCUCUAUUCUUUGCUUGUAGCCUCCUAAUUCAUCAUACUUUGCAAAAUGUUUGCCUGUCUCCACUUUAGUUUGAUAAAAAUGGUGUUUGAUGAGAAUGGACCAUCAUCUCCAGGAGCUAUCAACUUCCACUGCCACGGAUUCCAGGGACUGGCAUCUGGUCUCCUUGCAGUACUCAACAUGUGACAUGUAUUUUUGGUCCAUUGACAUGCAAAACACGAUCAUUUUGUAGUAUUGCGUUGAAACGUCUUGUAAUUUGGGUCAUUUUGUAACUGCGCUUUUGUUUCUUAGAAUUAGAAUUAUGAAUUAAUUAGUAACUCAA